CGGACCCCGGGGGCGUGGCCUCCCCGCCGAGCGGAGGUCGCCGCGCCCCGGCCGCGGUCCAUGGCGGAGCCGCCGGGCCCCCCCCGCGGCCGUUCCGCCCCGCUGGGCGCUGCCCCGGGGCAGGGUCGACCCCGGCCGGGAGGGACCGGAGCCGAGCGGCGGGCCCGGAGCUGGGCCGCGGGCACCCUCCUGCUGCUGCUGCUGGUGCUGCCGCCCGUGGCCGCCGGCGGGGCGGUGUGCGGGAGCUGCCCGGGGCCUCUGCGGAACGGAUCCGUCGUGGCCCGGUACUGCGCCUCCAGGGCGGGCGCGGAGCCGCGGGGACGCUGCUGCGUGGCUCCGGGACCCCCGCGGCGCCUGCUCGGGUUGGACCUGAGCAACUGUUCCCUGCGCAGCCUGCCCGCUGCGUUUGCUGAGGCCGCGGCCGUCGUCGUCCUGGACCUGACGGAGAACCCCCUGGCAGCCCCCCCCAGCAGCUCCUUCCUGGGCUUUACGAACCUGCAGAGCCUCGCGGUGCCCCUGGAGCUGGAGUGCCCAGGCGGGAGCAGCGCCUGGGAGCAGGUGACGGAGCACGGGAGCAGCCGGCUCUGCCACGGCCAGAGGAACCCCUGCAACAGCUCCAGGGAGCUUGCCUGGCUGUGCCCUGAGAACGCUGCCUGUGCCCCGGAUGGCCCCGGCUUCUCCCAGUGCCUCUGCGCCAGCCCCUUCCAUGGCUACAAGUGCCUGCGCGAGGGCGCGUUCCCCGUCCUGCCCUUCUGCAGCGUCCUGGGGGCCGUGACGGCCGCGCUGUCCCUCCUGCUGUGGGGCACCCAGCGCCGCAAAGCCAAGGCCCCGUGACGGGAACCCCCCUGCUUGCCCCGUGGGACUGAAUAAAGCGUGCGACACCGCG